AUAAUGUCAGAUAACUUACCUCACGACCUACACAUCCAAAUCCUGAAACAUCUCCCUCUUAUUUCCAUUCUCAGAUUCCGUACGGUUUGCAAAUCUUGGAACUCCCUUAUCACAACCCAUCAUUUCAUGCUUGCUCACAUCCAAACCAACAGGCACAAAUCUCUAAUUAUCAGAUUUUUUGAUAGAACUCAUAAAACAGAACAAUAUAUUCUAGGAAAAGAUGACCAAACCUUUGGUUCACAUUUUAGUAACAUUAAAUUCCCAUGCAUAAGUAGCACAAAUGCUUAUCAUAGGAAUAGGAUUGUUGGCUAUUCUAAUGGUGUGUUUUGUUUAACUGAUGAUUUAUUUGACUCUAUGCAUAUGGUUGCUCUUUGGAAUCCCUCUAUACGAAAAUCGGUUAAAGUUACGGUUAAGAAAUAUGAACAGGGUUCGCCUUAUAAUAUGAUGACUGUAUUAGGAUUUGGUGUUUGUCCCAUGACUAGUGAUCCUAAGGUUGUUAAAAUUGUGUAUUUGAAUGAUUUUUCGAUACCAAGUUCAAUAAGGGUUAGAGAGUUACCAUUUGUAGAGGUUUUUUCGGUUAGUUUAGGUUGUUGGAGAAUGCCUUUUGGUGAUGGUAGUUAUCCACGUAGCACAAUUUUAGUAUCAUGGUCUCAGGUUUGUUAUAAUGGGAUUAUACAUUGGGUUGCUUGUGACAAGGGACAUGACUCAAGUCACCUGAUCAAUGAGGUGCGGUUUUGUAGUAUGAUAUUGUCGUUUGAUUUGGUAAGUGAGUUGUUUGUUGAGAUGAUGUUGCCAGAUGCUUUAACUUGUCAGAAUGUGUUGAAUUUGUCGAUUACUGAGAGAAAAGGGUGUCUUGCUAUGAUGGUGUAUAAUUUGGAGAAAGGGAUGGAAUCGUGUGGUGUGUGGGUUAUGAGGGAGUACGGUGUAAUUGGAUCAUGGGAAAGGAUGUGUGUUGUGCGAUUACCUGGUUUGUUGAGGAGGAGUGUAGGGUUUAGGGUGAAUGGGGAUGUGGUAUUGGCAUUGAAAAACAACGAGUUGGUUUUUGUUGAUUGUGAUGGGAAUGUUAAGAGCCUUGGGAUCUAUGGUAAUAUACGGUCAUUCUUCCUUGGAACGUACAUGGAAUCCUUAACGUUGAUCAAUCAGAUGGAUGGACAAAUAUAUUGUAAUAAUGAAGACGAGCAUUAGCAGGAUUUAUCCUGACUGUUAUGUACAUUUGGAAGUAUCGGGAUGCACACCAUGGCGGAGAAUGUUAGCUUUGUUUGAGACCAUAAAGAAGAGAUUGUUUUUGUUCAUAACCUUCUAUGUUCUGCACACUUGGAUAUCACUUCGAUACACAUUUAUAUUUUGGUUUCAUUUCCCAUAUUAUAAAGACAUAAUUUUUUUUUUUUUUUUUAUCAAGUGUAG